AUGUGUGGAAUUAGCGCCGUUCUUUCGCUGAAAGGCUGCCCCGUACCACCGAAUGAGGACGCCUUAGACCAACUCGAUGAUCAGCUUAGCAAGAGUCUGGAUCUGAUUCAACAUCGUGGACCCGAUGCGCGAGGAAAAUGGAAUAGCGGGGACGGCAAUGUUUAUCUAGGACAUGUUCGACUAUCUAUUGUCGACCUCAGUUCGCAAGCGAAUCAGCCCUUCCACAACAGCGUAGACGAUGUUUAUGCAAUCGUCAAUGGCGAACUAUACGAUGACGAAUACUAUCGAAAUCUUCUGGGCAGCGAGUACGAUUUUCAUAGUCGCAGUGACUGCGAGAUUGUACUAGCUCUCUAUAGACAUUACGGUCUUUCAUUCUUGUCUUACCUUCGAGGAGAGUUUGCUUUGAUCUUAUGGGAUGCGCGCAGAAAGGUUUUUAUCGGGGCAAGGGACCGGUAUGGAGUCAAAUCUCUCUACUAUACUGUUGUGAACAAUCGACUGCUUGUGGCAACUGAGAUGAAAUGCUUUCUUCCGUUUGGUUGGAAGCCGGAGUGGGACGUCCAAAGUCUUAGGGAAUGUGGCUGGCUGUUUGGCGCAGGAACGUUGUUCAAGGGGGUUCAUUCGGUCGCACCCGGACAUUACAUCAUGAGCAGGGAUUUUAAGCCCAUUCAGGACGCAGUCUACUGGGAUAUCGAAUAUCCGAAUAAGCGAACGCCUGAGCUCCGAUCAGAAGAAGAGAUGAUCGAGGGCGUGCAGACUCGCCUGAUGGAAGCCAUUAAGGUCCGACUUCGUGCCGAUGUACCUUUGGGAAUCUACCUGAGUGGUGGGAUCGAUUCGUCGGCCGUGGCUGGCAUGGUAGCCCAUCUCGUCAAGGAAGAAGGCGCCCGACUUGGCAAUGAUGAUAGCCACCUCCUCUCACGAAUCAAAUGCUUCACGGUGCAGUUUGACAAGGAGAGCGGAGCUGAUGAGUCCGACAUUGCGCAGCGGACCGCGGAGUGGCUAGGCGCUGACUUUCAUACGGUACCAGUGACAGAGGAUGUUAUUACCUCUAAGUUCGAGGAUACUGUUUGGCACAGUGAGACACCAAUGCCGGACACAAACGGGAUAGGAAGACUCGCCAUGGCUGAAGUCGCCAACUCUCAUGGGAUCAAAGUGAUCUUAACUGGAGAGGGAUCCGACGAAAGUUUCGGCGGAUACAAAGAUUUGACUCACGAGUUCUUGCUCGAAAGCGACUUGUCGUGGCCCUCUUCCCUAUCAGGAACUGAGCUCACAGACGUAGCACAAAAGUCGAAAGCCACUUAUUCCCUGCAAGGCAUGCCUGAACCAGGCAGGGGACUACCCGAGUCGACACGUCGAAUGCUUAAUAAUACCUCAAUACUAAGCAGACUUUUAAUUAUCGGCCGUCUACCGUUUGCUGAAUGGACCGACUCCUUCACGGCGACACGCCCCGAAACUGCACAGGUUGAACGACUCGACGGACGGGUACGUGAGGCUAUCAUCAAUCGCUGGCAUCCACUUCAUACUGCAGAAUAUCUCUGGACCAAGGGAUUCUUCUGCAACAUGCUCCUUCGGUAUCUAGGUGAUAAUAUCGAUAUGGUUCACCACGUCGAGACUAGACCUCCGUUUCUAGAUCAUCAUCUAUCAGAGUAUGCCAACAACAUACCGCCAAGCCUCAAGAUCAAAUACUCCUCAUCAGAUGGAUCCUUCACAGAAAAGUAUGUCUUGCGAGAGGCGGUUCGUCCAUUCGUCACGGAUGAGAUUUACAAACGGACAAAGAAGCCUUAUCUGGGACCGACAAAGUUUGAAGAAAAUGGGCCUCUGCAUCAAUUAUUCUGUCGUCUGACUUCUCGAGAGAAUGUCGAUGCACUUGGGUUUAUAGACUGGGCAAGAACACAAGUACUUGUGCAAAAAGCAUUUCAAGAGAAAGAUCCGUGGGCUUUUCGAGUCGCGUUUAGUGUUUGUCAAUUUGUGGUGCUCUCUCAAAGAUUUGGAGUGGCAAGAGCCUCUUGA